UUCUCGCGAAAUUUUGAUGUGUACGACGAAGAAGGUUACUACAGUAGCGUAACCUUUCCGGCACAGUACAGUGCUUACGAACGAGCUCGUCCUGUUCAUCCAACACCACCCCCCGCUGCGACAAUACCGCAGACGUUGCCAAAAAGCUGUGCGGAUGAUAAUUUUAGGAUUAUUUCGGAAUAUCCUGUGCCAAUUACAGAAUUGUGACU